GCCACUGGGUAUUUCUGUAGAAGAAGACGCUCACGUCUCCCACUGACACAAGUUCACACAUGCCUACUCAGUAAGUGUAUUGCUACGAAGACAUUCAGAGUGUUCACAUCUUGAGACGUUAGAGGAGAGGAAGCAGUCUGACAAUGCUGGCCUCAACCACAGUUGCCACAACAGGAACCCAUGGUUUGGGCUCUCCAGCUGGCAAUGACUCAACCUUCCUGGACUCUGAGUUCCGUUAUGUCCUUUUCCCAGUCGCCUAUGGCAUCAUCUUUAUCCUGGGCCUCUUUGCGAACAUCUAUGUGCUGUUCGUCCUGCGCUGCCUCCGUGAAGCCAAAGCCAUGGGCGAAAUCCGCAUCUAUAUGACAAACUUGACUAUUGCCGAUCUCCUAUUUGUGUCUGCCCUUCCUUUCUGGAUCGGCUACUACAGUCGCAACGGCAACUGGGUCUACGCAGACUUCAUGUGCCGGCUGACUGGGACAUUGUUCUUCAUCAACACCUACUGCUCCAUCCUCUUUCUUGGAGCCAUCAGCAUCAACCGAUAUUGGGCAGUCACCCGGCCUCUGGAUGCUGCCUCUUCAGAUCACAGGCGUCGUGGGAUCAUCGUGUGCGUUGUCAUCUGGAUAUUGACCGUGUCUAUGGGUAUUCCAUUUCUGAAUUCUCCAGGGACCAACACCGAUGGGAACAAUUUCACGCGUUGUUUUGAGGGGUACCAGAAUGAAACUGAAUCGCAGAAGAAAACACUAGCUGCCACUCAUUUUGCUAUAAUUGGAUUAUUUUUUGUUGUCUUCUUUCUUGUCUUGGUGUGUAAUUCACUUAUUGCUCGAGCUUUGCUCUCACAAAGUGCUCCUCAGGCAGAACUCAAAUCUGCCACAGUUAUAUCCCGAAAGUCCACCAUGUCAUCUUCACCUAGGAGGCCCAGGGGAGUGAAAAGGAGGGCUCUGCAGAUGUUGAUGGCAGUGGUGGGAGUGUUUGCUCUGUGUUUUCUGCCCCACCAUGUAAUUCAAGGCCCCUGGACACUGGCAGUGUUACGGAUAGAACAGGGCUGGGGCCAUGUAGAGUGGGACCAAAGGACUCGUCAGAUGCUCAACGAUGCACAUCAGGUCACCUUGCUGCUUAUGGGCCUCAAUUGCAUCUUGGAUCCUGUAGUUUAUUGUUUUGCCACAAGGAAGUUUAGAAGGUUCAUCAUGGCCCACAUUCAAAAGUUAACAAAGGGAGAAGGGUGCUCACAAACGGUCACCUCGCAGUUCUCCAUGGACAGCAGGAAUCAGAGCCAAAGACUACCGGAGCAACAAGAGCUCGAAAUGGAUUAAUCUAAACAUAUGUAAUAUUUGCAUAAAAAGAUGGACUUCUCUCCCAACAUACAGUUAUGUAUUCUACCUGUAAUUGCUGCAUAGUUAAUUUAGUGUUGCCAUGGCCACAUAUUUGGAUUUUCUUUUUUGAAAGUUGUCACACACUGUCUUAACGUUUGCACUUACCUCACUCCAGGAAAUGUGAACUGAAUUGCACCAGUCUGCACCAGUCCCAUCUGCUUUUCCUGUGUGUGAAUUUAAAAGCAGAAGUUUUGCAAGCAGAAGUACAUUAACAAAACAUUUCUGGCUGAAAAUUCUACUGAAGGGCAUCUUUGCUAAUCUGCCAAAUUAGCCGAUGAGGUAACAUAUUGUUUAGAUUAAGCCACAAAUGCUGCUCUGCCCAAAGAAAUUCAGUAAAAAUACUAGGUAAGUCGUGGGUAAUUCACAUGUUCACUUAGUCAUUUCUUUUUGAGUGUGAAACUUCUCACCAGAUUUCACACACUCAAAAUAUGUGACAAUGAGCUGUUUGUCUCUCAUCAGAUAAGUUCCUUUUUUUAAGCUUUGCAGGGACAAGUUUUAUCCAGUAUUGUGAAAUCAGGGAAGAGGAGUAAUCAUGCUUGAGCUACGUUUCCCCUCUGGUAUCCAACAUUGUGACAUAAUGUGUGUCUCACUGUAGAGAUUCACAUGAUUCAUUGUGACAAGGAGAUCCAAAGGUUAUUAUCCAGCUAUCUGUUGUAUAUGCACAUUACUGUGUUUUUUAUAUACUGUGAGCUUGCCUACCAUUGGACAACAGAUUUAUGAUGCAUUUUUUAAAUCGGUGAAACAGUUUUUUGUUAUCUUGUAUUGUAUUUAGUGUUAUUUUGAUCCUCCAAAGGGAAGCGAUGCUGUUUUACUCCACAUAACCAAGUAUUGUUGAAUUCCUAUUCCAAAAAGCUGGGAUACUGUGAAAAAUGUAAAUAAAUAAAUAUGCAAAUAAAUAAAGAAUGCCA